CUUUGCUUAGUCCGGUCCUUAACGUACGACUCCGCGAGUCUGAAUGGAACGCGGCGAUCCGAACGUUGUCGCCGUCGCCAGGCUGAGGAGGGAAGACUGCGAACGAACCAAGCACGACUCCGCGUUCGCCACUUGGAAGGUGCUCGUAGGACCUACUGAUUGGGAAGAUUAUUCAUUGGGGAAGGAAGGUGCUGCCAGGUACCGGGUCCAUAACCUCCCGAAAAGCCCGGGGCCGGGGAUAUAUGAGCUCGGCGUAGCCGCUUCUCGCGCCAAAUUGGGUCGUGAGAUCGCCAAGCUCGACCCGCGAUAUAUAGUCGUGGUUUACCUUGGGAAGGCGGACUGUGUCAGGACCAGACUCCAGCAAUAUGGUCGGUCGGGUGCUCACUUGGGCAGGUGCUCGUCAGCUGCUUGUGAAAUUGACUGCAAGACAUCCUGUCCCACCAAACAGCUCGGGUUGUUUGAGGAAGUAUUGUCAAGAGGCUACCCCAUCGUGUUCCGUUGGGCUUCGCUGAAUAAUAAGGGAGAUGCUCAGAGAACAGAACUUUCACUUCUGAACACAUUUGAUUAUGCAUGGAACAAAGGCAGUAAUGGUUCACGGCGGCCCGGCGAUAUCUUUCAGAAACUUGAUGAAAUCGCUUCAAGCACAUACUGCAUUUCUGGCAUUGCAAGGAAGCUUCUUCCUAUCCGCCCCAGGCAAGUGGGCAUUAGAAUCAAUGGAAAGCUGCUUUCAGAGAAAGAUUCCUUUCCCCAGACUGGAGGAGAAAGCAGCAAUUCCUUGAACAGAAUUUUCAAGUUUAGCAAAUCGCGGCCUAGACUAGUUAUAAGUGAAUCCCAUGCUAAUGACACUGCGAUUUUGGGUACCUCCCCAGCUAAUGAGAGCUUCUCUCCUAUUUGUGGGGUCGUCUCAGAAGAUGGCUUUCCCUGUACAAAACCACCAGUACAAGGAAGGAAAAGAUGUGGCGAGCAUAAGGGGAUGAGGCUUCAAGCGUCAAAUUCUGUAUUGAGCAGAAAAGGAGCAUCCAAUGGCAUUCACGAUAAGCCGACAGUGAUGUUGCAGGAUCAUCCGGCUGAAUCGUGGCCUAGAAUAGUUAUAAGUGAAUCCCAUGCUAAUGACACUGUUAUUUUGGGUAAAUGCCCAUCUAUUGAGAGCUCUCCUAUUUGUGGGGUUGUCCCGGAAGAUGGCUUUCCCUGUACAAAACCACCAGUACAAGGGCGGAAAAGAUGUGACGAGCACAAGGGAAUGAGGAUACCAGUGUCAGAUACUGUAUCAAGCAGAAAUGGAGCAUCCAAUGGCAUUCACAAUAACCUGACAAGGACAUCGUGGGAUCAUACAGCUGAAUCGCGGCCUAGACUACUCUCCUAUUUGUGGGGUCAUCUUGAAGAUGGCUUUCCCUGUACAAAACCACCAGUACAAGGGCGGAAAAGAUGUGGCGAGCACAAGGGGAUGAGGAUUCAAGCAUCAGAAUCUGUAUCGAGCAGAAGAGGAGCAUCCAAUGGCAUUCACGAUAAGCUGACAAGGACAUCGUGGGAUCAUACAGCUAAGAUAUAUGAACUGGGAAACAUCGUAGAAGUUUUCCCACAGCAGGUGGACGUCAAAAACAACUAUGGUAGCGUAUGUGGAGUGGAUUUUGGCGAUGGCAUGUUCUGCACAAGGAGACCUGUCCGAGGAAGGGUUCGGUGUGAGCAUCACAAAGGGAUGAGGGUUAGAUGAAAAGAAACAUGCUGGCAGCUGAAGACAAUGCAAAAUGCUGCGAGUCACUAAAUUAUAACAUAGAGAACAGACAACGGCACCGGGAGAGUUAAACCAACGGCUUGCUUCUGUUGAUGGGGGGCCAAACUAAGUUAAUGCUCUUAAGGUAAACCAACACAAGGAAGAACAGAACUAUGACCAGCGCAGACUCACAAAGUACUUAACCUUCUGUUUUAGUCGGAGAGCUUGGUGGUAUGGUAGUUCCAAAUGCAAGGAAUCCCAUUUAAGGAAGUGGUGCUUUUCCUAUUUGACUCCUAUCAUUCUGGAGGAUGAUUGAAGUGUAUAGAUAUUGGUUCUCAUACAUGGCUCUUCUUCUAGAUAAUCUGCACAGAUUGGGGACCGGAAAUGUCCAUCAGUUAUUCAUCAAAACAGAUGGUCAACUUCUGUAUGAUUUACAUGUUAUGCUGUCGUAACUCCUGUCACUAAUUAUUGCAAUCUUUCUCGAGGUGAA